UGGGGAACGGUGAGGGCGGGAUCGAGGGCUAGAGAGGCCGGAAGUGCGGCGAGCUCGGGGACGCGCUGGCCGCGCCGGCGGUGGGACGCCUCUGUCCCUCUCCGGUCUUUUACUCCCGGCUCGGGGACGAGGCGGCCCCAGAAGAACCUUGGGAUGGACGAAGAGGGAGUGCGGCAGCCCUCCGGGCCACCCACGAGGAAGAAGUUCUUCAUACCACUGGAUGAGGAUGAGGCCCCUCCUGCGGGGUUCAAGCCCUUAUUCAAGUCCACGCGGAGCCUUCCCACCACGGAUACCUCAGCCCAGGCCGCCCCUCAGACCUACGCUGAGUAUGCUGUCUCGGGACCUCCAGGAGGGGCUGGGGCUCCACACCCCACGGGGCCAGAACCCCUGGCAGGAGAGACCCCCAGCCAGGCCCCCAAAGCGGGGACGAAAUCCAGCAGCAUCAUUGUGAGCCCCCGGCAGAGGGGCAACCCCGUGCUGAAGUUUGUGCGUAACGUGCCCUGGGAGUUUGGUGACGUGCUUCCCGACUAUGUGCUGGGCCAGAGCACCUGUGCUCUGUUCCUCAGGUCCCGGUGUCGCCCAUGCCCUCUGCAUUCCAGUGAGAGUAAAGAAGGGCUCCCAGGGUCUCGGGGAGAGCGAGACCUCCCAAUCCCUCCCUCUCCCCUGCCCCCCAGCCUCCGCUACCACAACCUCCACCCGGACUACAUCCACGGGCGGCUGCAGAGCCUGGGGAAGAGCUUCGCCCUGCGGGUCCUGCUUGUCCAGGUGGACGUGAAAGAUCCACAGCAGGCCCUCAAGGAGCUGGCUAAGAUGUGCAUCCUGGCUGACUGCACCCUGGUCCUUGCCUGGAGCCCUGAGGAGGCCGGGCGGUACCUGGAGACCUACAAGGCCUAUGAGCAGAAGCCGGCGGACCUCCUGAUGGAAAAGCUGGAACAGGACUUCGUCGCCCGGGUGACUGAAUGCCUGACCACCGUGAAGUCUGUCAAUAAAACCGACAGCCAGACCCUCCUAACUACUUUUGGGUCUCUGGAACAGCUCAUAGCUGCGUCCCGAGAAGAUCUGGCUUUGUGCCCGGGCCUGGGGCCCCAAAAGGCCCGGAGGCUGUUUGAUGUCCUACACGAGCCCUUCUUAAAAGUGCCCCGAUGACCCCAGCCGCCAGAGAGGCCCUCGUUGUAACAAUAAAGCAUUUUCCAGGCU